AUGAGUGAGCACACCACGCCCGCCGGCAAGCGAGGGAGCAACUCGAAGCGCGCACGAACGUCGUCAUCCCGCGCCUCGCGCGUGGGCACCGGCACGCCGCACGUCCUCGAGGAGGCGACGGGCGAUUUCAGCGCCGACUACAUCACGGUGGGCGUGCUCGGGCGCGGCUCCUUUGCCGAGGUGAACCUGCUGCGCCACCGCGUCUCUGGCGAGCUCUUCGUGCUCAAGACGUGCUGCAAGCUCGACGCGCCGUCGUACUCCCACCUGCGCGCCGAGGCGACGGCGAUGGCGGCGUUCCGGUCAGCCGACGCGCCGCACCCGCUCCUCGUCUGCCCGCUGGCGUGCUCGAACCCGCCCGGCCGAUCUGCAAACUACUCGCUGCUCAUGCCGCUCUGCCCGGGCGGGGACCUGCUGCAGCUGCUGCGCAGGCAAAACACAGCCAGCAGCGCAGCUAUCGCCUCGCCCAGACUUCGAGACCCUCCCUCUAGCGGACCACUCGCCUUAUUGCCCGAGAUUACCCGAGAUUACCCGAGACCAGGCUACCUCGCCCUCUCCGACUUUGGGUUUGCGUGCCGAGAAGCGGAGUGCGGCAAGCUGCGCGUGGGCACCGCAAACUACCAGGCGCCACAUCUCGGCUCAUCUCAGCUCAUCUCGGCUCAUCUCGGCUCAUCUCGGCUCAUCUCGCUGGUCAUCUCGCUGGUUGUGCGAAAGGCAAGGCACGGCAAGGCGGCGGUCGACUGGUGGGCGCUCGGCGUGAUGCUGGUCGAGAUGCUGGCGGGUGAGCUCCCGUUUGCACCGCCGCGCGAGGAGGGGGAGGGCGGCGGCGCGAAGGAGUGUGACGCGGCCGUGCGGGCGGCGAGUUGGAUGGCGGAGUUGGACUGGGCCGCGCUCGAGGCGCACUCGCUCCCGCCGCCGCACGUGCCGCCGCCGCUCGACGCCGACGCUGACGUCGCGCUCUGCGAGCUCACCAAGCGCUGCCAGUCGGGGUUCGACUGA